AUGUCUGCCGCUCUCUUCAGAUCACGAGCUGCCGUCUCAGGCACCCGAAUUGCCUCAUCCGCCCGCCCUGCUCUCCCCAAGUCAAACGUCGUUCAGCGCCGCAACGCUUCGUCUUCUUCUUCCGCCGGUGACGGAGCUGGUCUCAGACUCGCUCUUUACGGCAGUGUAGCUGCUGCUGCUCUUUACGGCUCUUACCUCUACGCUACCGAUACUCGAGCUUUCUUCCACCGAUGGGUCGUUCCCCCGCUGCUGCGCUGGGCAUACCCCGAUGCUGAGGAUGCCCACCAUGCUGGUACCACAGCGCUGAAGGUGCUCCAUGAACUCAACCUCAACCCCCGCGAGCGCGAUACUACUCUCAACUCCCCCGACCUGGCCGUCAACGUCUUUGGAACCGAAGUGCAGAACCCAAUCGCUAUCUCCGCUGGUCUUGACAAGGACGGUGAGAUCGCAGAUGCGCUGUUUGAUCUUGGAGCUGGUAUUGUCGAGAUUGGUGGCUGCACACCCCUCCCUCAGGAGGGCAACCCUAAGCCUCGAGUGUUCCGUGUCCGUAGCCUCGAUGGCAUGGUCAACCGAUACGGUUUGAACUCCCGCGGAGCUGACGAUAUGGCCAUUCGAUUGAGGGACCGACUUCGACGAUAUGCCCGAUCUCUUGGACUUACUGAGAAGGAUGUUCUGAACGGAAACGCCAAGGUUCCUCCUGGAAGUCUGCGAGAGGGCCGACUUCUGGCUGUUCAGAUCGCCAAGAACAAGGAGACAGACGAGCGGGAUGAGAAGGCCAUUGCUGAAGACUACGUCUAUUGUGUGCGAAGACUCGCUCGCUACGCCGACGUCCUGGUCGUCAAUGUCAGCAGCCCUAACACUCCUGGUCUUCGUGAUCUCCAAGCCACUGAGCCCCUGACACGGCUCCUGAGCGCCGUUGUUGAGGAGGCUGCUAAGACCGACCGACAGCAAAGGCCUAAGGUCAUGGUCAAGGUUUCUCCCGAUGAGGAUGAGGACACACAGAUGGAGGGUAUUGUCGAGGCUGUUCACCGAAGUGGAGUCGAUGGAGUUAUUGUUGGAAACACCACCAAGCGACGAGACGGCGUCAUCCCCCCUGGUAUUAAGCUUACCACUCAGGAGCGACAAAACCUCAUGGAGACGGGUGGUUACUCGGGCCCUGCCAUGUACAGCCGCACACUCGACCUCGUUGGCCGUUACCGCAAGAUGCUAGACAAGCACUCUUUCAAGGCCAGCCUCGGCGCCAAGGGUGGUGCUCAAAAGGUCAUCUUCGCCACAGGAGGUAUCACCAACGGCGAACAAGCACGACAGAUCCUUAACGCUGGUGCAAGCGUAGCGAUGGUCUACACAGGAAUGACAUAUGGUGGUGCCGGUACCGUCACUAGGAUUAAGCAGGAGCUAAAAGAUGGAGUGAAGAGUUAG